AUGACGAACUUGUCAGAACCCCCUGAUGGGAUCCAUGGGUACCAGGGCAACAACGUCGCCGUGCGGACCUUGAUGAUCGUCUUCACCUCCAUCGCAUUAUAUAACGCCAUUGAAUUGUUCAUAUUGCUGUUCUUGACUUUCACCCAUUACCGCGGUCUCUACUUUUGGACCCUUCUGCUGUCCGUGGUCCUUGGAGUAAUUCCUCACGCCAUUGGCUACCUGUUGGAGCUGUUCUCUCUGGCGCCAGUAUGGCUUUCUCUGACCAUCACCACCAUUGGAUUCUACGUCAUGGUCCCUGGUCAAUCAAUAGUGCUAUACUCCCGCCUCCAUUUGGUGGUCCAAAGCAACAAGGUACUUCGCUUUGUGCUGUGGCUCAUCAUCAUUGACGCAGUGAUAUUGCUGGUACCAACAACCGUUUUCACCUUCUGCACAGCAUACAUUGCAUCUCCGACUGUCAUACGUGGGUACAAUGUGAUGGAGCGAAUGCAAUUGGCCUGGUUUUGUGCCCAGGAAAUCUGUAUUUCCAGUAUCUACAUCGUGGAAACCGUGCGGCUGCUCAGGAUGAUGCCGGACAAGGAUCGACGCCGCACUCGGAUCAUGUACGAAUUACUGGCCAUCAAUUUCGUCAUCAUAUUGCUUGAUAUUUGCCUGCUCGUCGUUGAGUAUAUCGGCUUCUACCCACUACAAACGACCUUGAAGCCGAUGGUUUAUAGCAUCAAGCUCAAACUUGAGUUCGGUGUCCUCGGCAAGCUGGUCACCCUGGUACAAAAUUCUCGCUCCCAACCUACCUCAUCCGAACACGAAGAAUAUCCUGGCUUUGUGGACCCUACCCAGCUUACAACGGAUGUUACGCAUGCCGCCCCCCGUGAAUCCCGGUCAAGAGGACGGCGAGGAUGGAACACAAUGUCUGUCGAGAGCCUGCCUAUGUCCGAGCGGAGGAUCAGGCCAUCUACACAGUCAACCGAUCAAUCCUCUCAUCCUUCAUGA